ACAGUGAUAAUUCAGUUUAGGUGUUGACAGUGCAGUAUUCACGAUGUCUCUGGUGACGACCAACUUAACCCUGGACCUUUUGGGCAUCCUGGUGGCCUUGGUGUGCGUCACAGUGGCCUACCUAAAAUGGAGCAUGACCUAUUGGAAGAGAAUGAACGUGCCAUACUCCGAACCCAAGUUCCCCUUCGGUAAUCUCUCCAACCCUCUGUCGAAGCACCGAAGGCACAACGGAGAACAGCUGGAGGAGGUGUACAUGGAGGCCAGAGCCAGAGGCUUGAAGUGCAUCGGCAUGUACUUCAUGACCUCCCCUGGGAUACUGCUGGCCGACUUGGACUACGUGAAACUGAUCAUGACGAAGGACUUCAACAACUUCAGCGACAGGGGGUUGUAUUACAACGAGAAGACGGACCCGAUCAGUGCCCACCUGAUUUCGAUAUCGGGGUCCAAGUGGAGGAACUUGAGGAGGAAGGUCACUCCCACAUUCAGCACCGGGAAGAUGAAGUCCAUGUUCCCAAUACUGCUGGAGUGUGGUAAACUACUAGAAACUGAAGUGGCCAUCAAAGCUAAGAGCAAAGAGGCCGUGGAUAUCAAAGACAUGCUCGAGAAGUUCACCAUGGACAUCAUUGGUUCGUGCGCCUUCGGCUUGGAGUGUAACAGCUUCGAGGAUGAUAAUUCCCCCUUCAGAGUCUACGGCAAAAGAAUAUUUACGUCUUCAGUUCGUGAGACAUUCAGAAGAAUCGUGUGCAUAUCGUUCCCUCACAUAGCCAGGGCUUUGGGAGUAAGAGUCUUCGACGCCGAAAUAAGCAAAUUCUUCUACGGAGUGGUCAACGACUCCAUUAAAUACAGGGAGGAAAACAACAUUGUCAGGAAGGACUUCCUACAACUGGUUAUGGAUAUGAAGAGUAAAAACAACGAGUACAAAGGUGAUGGCAACGAGUUGACCAUGGAUGAGAUCGUUGCUCAGUGCUUCGUGUUCUUUGCUGCUGGGUAUGAGACGUCGGCCACCACAAUGACAUUUACCCUCUACGAGUUGGCAAGACACCAAACCAUUCAGGAUAAACUCAGGAAGGAGAUCAAUGAUGUCUUGAAGAAGCACAACAAUGAGUUAACUUAUGAGGUGUUGAAUGAUAUGACUUACUUGUCUCAGGUCCUUGAUGAAUCUUUAAGGAUACAUCCUCCAAUUCCAAACGUUCCCAGGGUGUGUUUGAGUGACUACAAACUUCCUGAGUCAAACAUAGUAGUUAAAAAAGGUAUGAGGGUGAUUAUACCCAUUAUGGGAAUUCAACACGACCCCAAACAUUUCGACAACCCCCUAGAAUAUAAUCCAGACAGGUUUUCACCAGAGAAUAAGCAGAAGAUUGACCAGUUUGCCUACAUCCCCUUCGGAGAAGGAAGCAGGAACUGCAUUGGUUUGAGGUUUGGCCUAAUGCAAUCGAAACUCGGCCUGAUAUCCCUAAUUAAGAACCACAGAUUAACCCUGAACGAAAGGACCAGAGUGCCCUUGAGGAUAGCCGCCACAACCUUCGUCCAGUCUCCCGCUGACGGUGUUUGGAUCCAUUUCGAAAAAGUCUCGUGAUUCAUGUCAUUGUUAAUUACCUACAGUAUGAAUUAAUUAAUAAAUUAAACGUUUGA